GGUUAUGGAGUCCACAGACAAAGUGAAAACAGAAGGGUGGAUUGAAUACUAUGGCUCUUUUGAAGAAAUGUUUCAGUACUUCUGUGACAACACCACAAUCCAUGGCACAAUCCGUCUCAACUGCUCCAGAAAGAACAAAAUGAAGACAGCUUUCUGGCUUGUGAUAUUCUUUCUUUCAUUUGCUAUGAUGUACUGGCAAUUUGGAAUAAUGGUCACUCAGUACUGGUCCUACCCCAUCAGCACAACUGUAACCGUGCAGUCAAAGGGCAACAAGUUUCCAGCCGUGACCAUCUGCAAUCUGAACCCAUUCAGAUUUGAUCAAGUUAAUACAUAUCUUAAUCAGCUGGACAAGUUGGCUCAGGAAACACUUUAUUCUCUUUAUAACUAUGAUGGUCUCAAAGCAAAGCAGCAAGUUAUUCAUCUACAGGACUUCCUGCACAAUGUGACAAACCAGUUCAACGGAAGUUUUAUCUUAGACCAAUCCAUUGUCUUACAGAAGUUACAAGAGAAUGGCUCGGGCCCAGCUUUACCAGGAGAAAAGACAUUUCAAGUAGGAUUUAAACUGUGUAAUUCUUCUGGAGGAGAUUGCUACUACAAAUCUUAUUGGUCUGGCGUGGAUGCUCUCCAUGAAUGGUAUCAAUUCCACUACAUAAACAUAAUGUCCAAAAUCCCCCCAGUGCUAAACAUAUCAGGAGAUGAGUUGGGCAAGAAUUUCAUCUUCUCCUGCGAUUUCAUUCAGAAGCCUUGUACAUUACGAGAAUAUAAGUUUUUCCAUCACCCAAUCUAUGGAAGCUGCUUCACAGUUACUCCUCAAGGAAAGGAAAAUGCUCUGUAUUCUCCCAGGGCUGGCAAGAAGUAUGGGCUGUCUCUGAAGAUGAAGGUGGAUCAGAAGCACAACAUGCCUCUCCUGUCACAAGCAGCAGGUGCAAGAAUCAUGAUCCACAACCCCAACCAGCCCCCUCGAGUGGAACACCAGGGCUUUGAUAUCAGGCCAGGAACUGAGACUUCAAUAGGCGUAAAACAGGAUGAGGUAAGACAUUUAGGUGGAAAGUAUGGUCCAUGUGCUUCUGAUGGAAAUAACUUGGGAUUGAAACUGUUGUAUAGCACAUCAUACACACUCCAGGCAUGCCUGAAUUCCUGCUUUCAGUACAAGAUGACUGAAACAUGUGGAUGCGGAUAUUAUUUUUAUCCACUGCCUCCAGGCACAGAAUACUGCAACUAUAACAAGCACCCUGGCUGGGGGCAUUGUUUCUACCAACUAUAUGAGAAGAUGCUAGAUCACAGACAUCACUGUUUUACCCAAUGCCCAAUGCAAUGCACAAAGACAAGGUAUCAGCUUUCUGCAGGGACUGCCCAAUGGCCAUCUCCCACAUCAAAGACAUGGAUCAUCCCUUUAUUAACCAGGCACAAAGGAUACAACAGGACAAGCAAACGGAGUGAUAUAUCGAAGAUUAAUGUAUAUUAUGAAGAGCUGAGUUACCAGUCUGUUGAGGAAACCCCCGCCAUGCCAGUGACCUUGUUGCUUUCCAAUAUGGGAGGACAGUGGAGCUGGUGGUUUGGUUCGUCGGUUCUUUCAGUAGUUGAGAUUGCAGAACUAGUGUUUGACACAGUGGCCAUGGCAAUACUCAUGACGUACCGCUGGAAGAAGCAGAGGGCACCUCAGUAG